GUGCGCGUGCUACAAAAUAGCUGGUGGUACUGAUGUUCCUGUCUCUUCAUUGAUCCGCUCGUUUCUCAUUGACAUCAUUCGCAUCAUCCCGCUGAUGCGCGCCGCGGGAUGUAUGGAGGACAGACUCUCAGCUCAAGUGCGCGAAUAAAGCAGAUUAUGAAUUAGCGAGACGCUUUAAUUUACACAGAUCGGACAGACGGUAGUAUUUUUCAGUCUUUUACUUUAUUGUAUUAACAUAAGAAGAAUCGCUUCGUUUAUUUCAUUAUGUUUUGUGGGGCUUAAUCAGUGUUGCGCAACUUUGUCAAAGAGCAAGUUUGAUGUGAAGACUUCACGGUGGACGUCACACUUUUGCGCAUCUUUUUACCAUAUCAACAUGUGGCAUGGGGCUUUUGGUUUGGAUAACACGUCCUGGAAGAUCUGGAGAGGAGAUGAUGAUUCAAACUAAUUGCGUUAAUAUUUGCCUUGUGUUAAAAUGAAUGAUAAACCUAAUAAAUGGAUUUUUAUCCCAGUUUUAGCCAUCCUUUUUGUCACGAUUGGGUAUCAGUACAUUUGCCCGGCAGGCAGUCAGUCUUGUCAUUUCAAGACAGGAGACAAACUCGUUGGAAUCGGUCUGUCCACUUCAUACCCGACUACCGAUGACAUGUACCGGGACCAGGACCCGGAGGAUGACAGCCCACUCAAAUGCGUGUCUAAAUUUAACUUCACAGAGCGAGAUUUGACCCGCGAUGUUGAUUUCAACAUUAAGGGAGAUGAUGUGAUCGUUUUUCUGCACAUUCAGAAAACAGGAGGCACCACGUUUGGCAGGCAUCUGGUCAGGAAUAUUCGUUUGGAGCAACCGUGCGACUGCAAACCGGGACAGAAGAAAUGCACCUGCCACCGGCCCGGUAAACAGGAGUCGUGGCUCUUUUCGAGGUUUUCAACUGGCUGGAGUUGCGGUUUGCACGCCGACUGGACGGAACUGACCAACUGUGUACCAGUGGUUAUGGAUAAAAAGAAAAAUGCAAAUCGAAAGAGGAAUUUCUAUUACAUCACCAUGUUGCGAGACCCUGUGUCACGGUACCUGAGCGAAUGGAAGCACGUGCAGCGUGGCGCUACCUGGAAGACUUCCCUUCAUAUGUGUGACGGGCGCUCACCUACCCAGGACGAGCUGCCCACCUGCUACACCGGAGACGACUGGUCAGGGGUCACAUUGCACGAGUUCAUGGACUGUCCUUCCAACCUAGCCAACAACCGGCAAGUACGUAUGCUGGCAGAUCUCAGUCUGGUGGGCUGCUACAACCUCUCCACCAUGAACAAGAGCGAGCGCAACCAUAUUCUUCUGGCCAGUGCCAUGAGCAACCUAAAGAACAUGGCUUUCUACGGCCUUACGGAGUUCCAGCGCAAAACACAGUACUUGUUCGAGCGCACCUUCCGCCUGAGAUUUAUUUCGGCAUUUACGCAAUUCAACAGUACGCGCGCGGCCAACGUGGAGCUGCGUGAUGACAUGCGCCACCGCAUAGAGCAACUGAAUUUCCUGGAUAUGCAGUUGUAUGAGUUUGCAAAAGACCUUUUUUUGCAGAGAUAUCAGUUUAGCCGCCAACGUGAGCGGCAGGAAGAGAGAUUGAAGAGGCGCGAGGAGAGACGCUGGUUUAGGGAAUGGAGAAUCAACCAGAGUAAGCAACCCAAUGAGGAUAACCAACCUCAGGUCACCACAACUGAGGAUUACGCCAGCCAAGUGGUCCAUUGGUGAUGCAUCUUGGAAACAUACGCUUGGACACUGAAAAACAUUACAGGCAGAUACUUAUUUAGUUUUAAUUAAGCAAAUUUAUGUUUAUAGGGAAAAAAAACAACUAUCUGCCAAUAUUGAGGAUGUUUUUACUGAGAAAUAAGAUGAUGUAUGGAAAUAUUAAGACAAUUAUUUUUAUUUAUUUUUGCUGUGUGGUUUUGCAGGAUUUUUGCUGAUACUUUGCAAUGAAAUCCUGCUGACAUUAACAGAACUAAAGUUGUGGCUUUGUGCCCAUUCCCUAAACAACCUCCAGCACCUCUGUAAAGAAACAAGAAAUCCUCCACUGCGAGUUAUAUGGAGAUAUGUCAGUGACAGUGUAUUGGGCAUUCAUCCGGAUGUGUGACCAGAUGCCAUGACCAGAGUAUUCGUUUAUCAGUAAAAAUGCAGAAUGAUUGUGAGAAUGUGUCCUUAAGUGUGUGUUACGUAGUUUAAGAAAGACUGAAUGAAUAGACGAGCAUUUCUUUCAUCAUCCACUGCUGCCACCUGUGUUUCACACAUUGCUGUUGAAUUACAACUUUUACUGGCUGGGAGAUUUCUAAUGCCAGAGCCUGACCAGAUUACAAGGAAUGAAGCGGUUGUGGUUUUUACAUCGGUUUUUUUGGUAGAAAAAGAAGCCUUGUAGCACUUUUUCAAUAACAAGAUCCUCAGAGAUCUGGCGUAUAAAUGAAUAAAUGAUACAACUCUGCUGAUACAAUUAAGCCUUGAAAAAAAGCAAAUAAACUGUAUUGCUCUUUGUGGUUAUGGAGAACUUGAAAAUGUGCCAUUUAAUACAAUAUAUUUGGAAUGCAGUACCAGAAAAAUAUUAUUUUAGACCAAAAAAAAAGACUAUCAAAGUUUAUUGUUUUGCUUUUUUUGUUCAUUGUUGUUGUUCUAUGUUUCUACUUUGAAUCUGUGCUGCUAUUUUGUGUUUUCUCGAUUACUUUCUUACUGUGAGGCUAAAAACAUAAGGAUGUGUGCCAUUGCAAGUUUGGGUUUUCUGAAAUGAUUGUAAUGUAUUUCAAUUGCUUGGUUUAUUUAAGUGCAAUGCAAUAUAAAAAAACACCCCUUAAGGGAAAAACAGAUGUUUUGUGGAAUACUGUAUGUACAGAGAUUUUACUGUUUUUGCUUGUUAAUAAGCAUUGAUUUAUUAAAUAAAUAUGAAAUAUCCACAUGUAAAAUAAAUGACUAUUUAAAUACACUAAAAUGGACAAUUUUCAUAAGCGAUAAUUUUGUUAAAGGAAAACACCACCGUUUUUCAAUAUUUUACAAUGUUCUUACCUCAACUUAGACUAAUUAUUACAUACCUAUCUUUUAAUCUUUGUACAGUGCAUUGUGAAUGUGUUAGCAUUUAGCCUAGCGCCAUUCAUUCAUAUGGCUCCAAACAGGGAUGAAUUUAGAAGCCACCAAACACUUCCAUGUUUUCCCUAUUUAAAGACUGUUACAUGAGUAGUUACACGAGUAAGUAUGGUGGCACAAAAUAAAACGGGAAUAAAUGGGGCUAGUCUAAAUGUGAACACAUUCAAAAAGCGCUGUACAAAGAUUAAAAGUGCACGCAUUGAAAACGAUAGGUAUAAUUAAUCUAAGUUGAGGUAAAAACAUAGUAAAAUAUUGAAAAACGGCUGUGUGUUCCUUUAAUACUUCAUUUCUGUGUUUUAAUUAUAUACAGUGGCCUCAAAAUAAGUUUGGCACAUACUGUAAACACUGUAAUAAGAAUGUCAUUGCAUUUA